CAGGAAGUUGAUCCAUUAGUCAACAAACACGAACCCAGAUGGAGGAAUAUUUCAACGCAAAAUGAACAUGAGGGCUGGAGGAAAAUAUUUCGACUGGCCUGACUGACGACAUGAGACACCCUCUGCUCCUUAUCAGCCUCUUUCUGGCAGUACUCCUCACUGCCAAUGUGCAGGCUCAAGACCAGGUCCAGAUCCAGUUCCAGACUGACCCGGUGCUAGUUCAAACUGGCACUGAAAGUGUGUUCACGGUGCUGACGGUGUCUCAGGUCCUGUCUAUAACAUGGAAGUUCCAGGGGGUCACUCUGGGUCUGUGGACAGGAGGAACCUCUCAGAUAAACACGGUGCCCCAGUUCCAGGGCCGGAUAACCAUAACCGCCACCCAGAUGAGGAUCGGCAGCUCCCAGCUCCGGGACGCUGGAAACUACACGGUGGAAGUGGACCCCCUUGACACAACGGGCCUUGUUGCUAACUCCAGAUCGAUACAGCUGAGGGUUUUUGAUGCAGUGAAUGGGGUGACUCUGCAGAUUCCCACUGUGGCAGUGGAAGCAGGAAACGUGUCUCUGAGGUGUACGUGGACCUCAGGGACAGAAACUGCAGUCCAAUGGGGGAAAGACGGCGCAACCAUCACUGCUGACUCCAGGAUCACCAUCUCAGACGGCUCUCUGGUCAUCAACCCGGCCAGACGGAGUGAUGCCGGAGAGUACACGUGCACUGUCAGCAACCUUGUCAGCGGCCAGACGGCCACACAGAGCCUCACCGUCUUUUAUGGCCCUGACACCCCCGUGCUAACCAAGGAGAGCCCUAAAGACUGCGUAGGGACAGGAGAUGUGCUGGUCGGACAGACGGUGCGUCUCACCUGCUUGUCCGACUCGCUGCCCCCUGCCCUGUUCACGUGGCAACGUGACGGACAGACGGUCGCGUCUGGUCAGCCGGACAGCGGGGUGCUCAGCCUCGAGACUUUCUCCACUGACGAGAGCGGCCGAUUUGUGUGCACGGCCAGAAACAGCAUCACCACUGGGACGUCGGAGAACAGCACUGUCCUGACCAUCGUAGACAUAUGUCUCGAUGUUGGAGAAGUGGUGGGGAUUGUGAUUGGCUGUUUGCUGCUGAUCUUAAUCAUUGCACUCCUCAUCUGGCUUAUUGUCUUCCUUGUGCGACGAAGGAGGGAACAACAAAGGGAAACUGUGCUUGUGCCUAAGUCCAACCCAAAUCCCAGGCCUAUACCUCCAGAUCCUCGACCUAAUGGUGCGAGGGAUUUGGGCCAAGGUCCCCAACCCCCUCUCUACUACACAAACACACGAGCACGCCGGCCUGAUCUCUUAAACUCAGUGCCACACGAAAACCGCAGCAGCCCACAGAUGCUGCAGAUGAAUGGGCUGCAAAACUCCGACAUGCACCAACACAAUGGUCGCACGGACACAAAUAGACUCCUUCACAAUUCUCUUCACAACAGCAGUUCAUUUCCGCACAAUGGGAUUGACAACCCAGCCUUCACGCGUGCCGAUGCUCAGAAUGUGAGCACAUUCCCAGUGCAGACACAGCAGCAAGCCCCAAAUGUUCUCAUACAGGGUGGUGCCCAGCAGCCGGCGGUCCAUGUCAACCUCAACACGCUGCCACAAAGCGGCCAGCAGAACAAUAACAAUGCGCAAAUGCCCACCAUUCACGUCAAUCUGAACUCAUAUCCAAACAACAGCCAACAGAUUCAGCAGGACACCUCAGCUCCUGCUACGAAUACAGCCAAUAAUAACGCUUUGCAAACAAAUACAGCCAAUAAUAUUAUUCCGCAAACGAAUGCAGCCAAUAAUAUCGCUCCGCAAGUGGAACCAGGCUUAAUAGAGAGGGUGCUUGUAAAUCCCAGAAUGCAAAGUGGGCGGACCUUUCAUAUCGACCCUGAGCUGAGUGGUCAUGUAGAAACAGGUCGCCAAGAUCAGCCUGCGCUUAUACCAACUGGAUUCACACAUUUCAACAGUAAUAACACUUUAAGAAAUGCAAAUACGCAGACUUACAGGCAGGACCCAGGGCCUUACCCUAGUUAUAACAGAGACCCAGGUACCCAUGAUACCUCUGUCAGCUCCUCAUCCCCGCAACAGAUGCCAUGGGAUCGCCUCAGAGGGACGCCUGCGUAUCCAAACACACCUCAAAGAGGAGAAACAUCUGACACAACAGACUACACCACCCAUCCUCCCAUACGAGAGGCAAGGGCACAGAACAGACCUAGGGGCAGGACCCCUCCGCGAAGACGAGAUGCCGAAUCAGUGGACAGACAGGCACGUGGCCGAUCAGCUGAUCGUCGCGUUCCAGACUCUCGCAGUGUAUCACAGCUUGAUACGGCUCGCCACACACAAAGAGAGGCUGCUCUGCGAGACAUCAGAGCAUCUCCUGGAAGCCAGACCGCCCCCAGGCAGGAAGCCACCCGCAGCUAUAACCCCCAGGCUAUCCCUCUCAUGAGCCAGCAGCCCUCCGCUCUGUCACAAGGACUGAUGACACAACAGGGACUCACAGCCCUGCACACUGCAGAUACAAGAGCUUUGGCCGAUCCUAAUCACCUUCCACAGACACACAUGGCCCCGCAGCACAGAGCAGAACCAGUCCAACAAACACCACGAGGUCUGGGCACGCACACGCAGCCUGUCAUACAAGCAGCCAAUCCACCUCGCCAAGCAGGCAUUGCUCCAACUCUGAACCCUCCUGCUCAAAGUAAUCCCACUGCCCUCACCCAGGCUGCACUUACAGCCCACACUCAGAGGGCUCAGACAUUUCAGAAUCGAAGACAACAAACUCAGGCCGCCCUCCUUCACCCUGGGCCACAGGCGCAAGCUCCUGCUGCUGUGGCUCAACGGCCACCAACUCCUCCACCUGUGAUCCCCCUUGCUCAGUUUCAAACAAUCCCAAAAUCGCACCACAGAUCACCAGUAAGGGGAAUUCAGCCUCCCAGACCUCCUGUAAACAUGCCUGUGGCUCAAAGACAUCAGCAUGUACAGCAGCGACACAACACGCAGCACCAUCACGCCACGAUGCCCGGCAACCAUCAUCACCACACAGGAGGGCACAGGCAUGCACACACCCACGGGCACCAUGCACACCCCACACAGCCACGACAGGCUCACAGAGGGAGACCGAGAUGAUGACAGAUGUCAGCAGACUACACUCCACGACUGUCCCACAUCCUCUGACACAAACAAACAGCUGACAGACAUGAUCCAAUAUACCACCAAGCAAGACUGACUGCACAAGGUUCUGCACUCAAAAUAGCUGUCAUAGAUUGGUAUCUAAGCACUGAAGUCAGAUAUUUUUUUAUAAAAGGAAUGAAAAUGUCUCCCAUGGGGAUAAAAGAAAGACUUUUUUCUGUUAUAUAGGCCCUAAAAAGAAAGGACAAAUUAUCUUAAAGGACGUAGAUUUACUAAAUUAAAUGUUUGAAGCUGAAGGAUAUUUAUAUAGAGUACUCCCCAGGCUGCAUCCUCUCUCCCUAAACACACACACCGCCACUGAGACCCACAUGUAUUGUUCUGUUUUGACUUGCACAGCUCAGGUCAUGCAUCAAACUUUGCCAGGAGGCUGUUCAGAGAAGACAAGCUCAGUGAUCCAUAGCUCUUGACCAAGCUCACAUCCGCUCCACCAUUCAUCAUAAAAACUAAACAACACCACCUUGACAAAAUGCACUUGAGAUGCUCACGUGAAUAUAUCUGUGUAUCUAGGAAAUAAUAAUAAUGACAGAGAAUAAAUGAGAAGGGACUCAUUGUGCACAAGACAGAGCUCUCCCCCCCGGGAACACUGACAAUUAUGAAGGAAGAAAAUUAGCUGUAGGGGUGGUCCUCAUGUACAUGAAACUAUUUAUUUUGUGCCUGCUGUUUACAGAUGCCUCUCAUGACACCACUCAAUUAAGGGGAUUCGCCUCAGUGGCGCUGAGAAGUAAUGCUCAGCUAACUAUGAAGAGGAUCCACGAAUGGAUGGGCGCUUAUUAAUUAAAUGCUUUUAUGUGACUUAAACGACUUGGAAAAUAAUCACACCCGCGCAUGAAUGAGGUCAGCACAAAGACCUGAACGGCCACGCUUUCUGCUGAAAAAGCAGAGAGGAACAAUUUGCACAGUGUCACACAGUCAAAUAUGAAGGAAUGUUAUUAUUAAUUUUACAGAUUAUGUUAAAGUGAUUUAUAAUGUUUCUGUUCCUUUUAUCACUCAGGGGAGGUUUGCAUCGGUCAUUUGAGUUGCAUCAGUUGAUAUUUAUAUUAUAAUUUACUGACUAGUUUUAUCAAAUUCAUGAAGAAUAUCAAGACUAAGGCUAAUGAUUUCCAAACAUUUUUUUCCAUAAUGAAUAUUUCUCUGGCAUUUUGCCUUUAAUAGACAGGACAGCUGAAGAGAGAUAGGAAACACAGAGAGAGAGAGAGUUAGAAGACAUGCUCCAAACACCAGUCAGAACCAGGACCAGCUGCUAUCAGUGCUGCAGCCUCUUGCUCUACCAACAGCAGCCCGUUUUUUUAGCAACUUUUAAACAAAUCCUGACACGACGAAUGCUAAUGCAUUGAUCAUACUAACAGGUCAAAACUCAGUCUGCUUUGUGCAUUGUCCAUAAACAUGCUGCACCAGGAACUUACACAAGGUGACAUUUUACACAACGCUGUGCUGAUUUAUUCAUAAAUCAGUGCUGUUGGUCACCUGUAACAUUUGUCAGUGGGUUUUAACUAAUUUUAAAGCGACAAAAAUUGUCGUAACUAUUAAUUAAUUAUUUGGAAAAUGCAGAGUUUUCCCUGAAAAGUAGUGAUUUGGAGAUUGGAGAUUUUGACCCAAUGCCUGCAAUAAUUAUCAUCAGCAUGGUCACUGUAGCUCAAUGGAGGCUAAUGCACAAAGGCUUUUUAUACUGUUUAAAUUUUUACAAGAGCACGAAAUGUAUUUUCAUCUGCCACUAAAAAUAGUUCCCAACAAAAGCACUUUUUACUGCUCUGUAAGUAGCAUUUCUUUAGAGAUUCUUGAUUAAUGUCCCAACCCAGGGGAAGCAUCCUUAGGAGGGCUUCAUAGCCUGGGAAGACCUAAUUAUUGUAUGAGAGUCUGGUAUGUAGAGGAUUUCCUCUUAGCUUCUUAGACUUAUCCAAUCCUUACUCUUCCUGAAUAUGUGCCUCAUGUGAACAUCUGCACUGCGACUAGCUAACAGAACUUGGAGAGUAUCUAAACCCCGGAGUUUCAGCUGAGGUGCAUCUACCCUGAAAUUUCACAAAAUGCCUUUAAAACGUCAUGGAGAGGGCUGUCCUCUUUGCCACAUAACCAUUCAAGGCAGACCUACUAUGAGCUACCUGAGUGUGAAACGAUGAUACAUAGUCAUGUAGAACAGCAGUCCCUGACCUUAUUUGCACCACAGACUCGUUUAAUGAAAGACAAAUUUUUCCUUGAACAGACAUCAAUGUGUGGGAAUAAAUACAGUGAAAUAUAAUGGCACAAAUGACAUUAAAACAAAGUGCAGAUAAAACAUAGUGUUGAAUCAGUGGGGGCUUAAACUUUGGGUAUUGUCACAGAGACAAGUGUCUGGACAUGUGUUAAGAGGUCAAAAGGCACAGAUAGUUGACAUAACAGAAGAGAUUCUGGUCAUUUUUAAAAAUAAAACAUCCAUCAGACGCUUGAUGGUCAAGAAAAUGGAAAUUUAUUUAAAAACGUAUUUUUUUCUGUGUAGCCCAGUACCAAUGACCCGUGGACCGGUACCAGUCCAUGGUUCAGUGGUUUGGGGUCGCUGAUGUAGAAGUUUGUAUGCUAAUUUACCCAUAACCCUAGAGUGUCACAGGGAUAUCUCUGAUUGGUGGAGCCUGCUGGCUGCUAUGGGUGAAGUUGACGUUAAUGGAAAAAGUGGGUGGUAACUGUUUAGCUCUGUGACAACGGAUGGAACCACAUAAUAAUGAUCCUUAACAGUUUUGGGAAAAUUGCCUUAUGUUUCUUGAAACAAAUCAAUGAGAAAAUCUCUUAUGAAACCAUGUCAAAAACAUAAAUGAAACAAAAGCACUUAAAAGACUCUCAGACAAAUUCACGACCGAAUGUAAACAGCUCCACAACCCACUUUUGGGUUCUGACCCACCAGCUGAUAAUCACUGGUCUAGACUGUAUUCUCUUUUGUGGUCUAUUAUUUAAAAGACCAGCGCUAAUCACCAUGAGCCCAGCACCAGCAGUAUUUAGCCCUGUUACAGUGGUGAGUAAAACCUGCCUUUUAAGGGGGCAGGACUCUUGAGCAGAUCCAGACUCAUGUUGACAGCCAUCGUGCUGA